AUGGAGUGUGAGACGCCGCCGUUACCGUUAAACCGCGUUCGCGACGCUGCAGUAUUUGAGGUGGUAGGAGUAGAUUUUGCGGGAUCUCUAUUCUUGCAGGGUGGGGAUAAAUGUUGGAUAUGCAUAUUUACGUGUGCAAUCUACAGAGCCGUAUACCUCGAAUUGGCAAGCGCAUUGUCGGUGGCGGGUUUUUUGGAAAGUUUGCGCAGAAUGAUACCGAGACGUGGUAGACCACGAACGAUCUAUAGCGACAAUGGUACUAAUUUUACAGGUACGUCAAACGCUUUUAACGAGUUAGAUUGGGAAAAAAUUAUAAAGUAUAGCAACACACAACAAAUAGAGUGGGUAUUUAAUCCGCCUUCCGCUCCAUGGUGGGGAGGAUUGUGGGAGAGGCUUAUCGGCACAACGAAAACGAUUUUAAGGAAGGUGUUAGGCCGAGCUAGUCUGUCCUAUGAAAGUUUGACCACUGUACUUUGCGAUACAGAGGCGGUGAUUAAUUCACGCCCUUUAACGUAUGUACCUGAAGACCCACAUGAUUUGAAAGCGUUAAGUCUAUCAAUGUUUCUACUAGAUAUCCAGGAAAUAGGCGUACCUGAUUGUGAUGUUUUGUAUAAUGAUAAACUAAAUAAAAAACUAAAUUAUAAUCAAAAAUUGAUGAGAGAUUUGCGAGAGAGAUUUCGUAUCGAAUAUCUUGGGCAAUUAGUUUUAAAAAAGGAAAAAAAAGAAGUUCGAAAAGUAAAUAUCGGUGAUGUGGUGUUGAUCGGUGAUGAUAAUCACAAACGUAUGGAUUGGCCUUUGGCACGAAUAGUAAAUGUAAUUCCGGGAAGGGAUGGAAAAGUGAGAGUAUUUAUUUUAAGAACAAAGAAUGGACUUCUUAAAAGACCUAUUCAGCGAAUCUAUCCUCUCGAAAUUUGUAAAAAGAUGUAG